UUCUUCUUCGUCUAUCCGAUUGUCAUGGUCUCUCUGUCUGUCGAGUCUCUCUUUUGAAAUUUUCUUUGAAAAUUCAAACAAAUUUAACACUCAAGGAGCCGACAAUGUCCAUACCAAACCCUAAUUUUUCUCACAAAUCAGUUGCCAAAUCUUUCACAAAUUCUCUUAUGGCCGAGAAUCAACUUAUUGAUUCCCUGACAUCUCACAUCUCUCUAUAUCACUCACAUUCGCUUUCACCUAACGCUAAUCGUAACCCUCACCCGCGAUCUUCAAUUCUUAAAUGGUUCUCAUCACUCACCAUCCAUCAACGCCAGGCUCACCUCACAAUUAUUGAGUCAAAAUUCACUCAACUCUUAAUUCAAAUGAUUGGGAAACUCCGUACAAAGGGCCACGGCUUCUUCAUCAUCCUCCCGGACCUACCGUCCCGUGAUCCACCUUAUUUGCCUAACCUCUGUUAUAAGAAGUCACGUGGCCUUUUAUCUAGGGUUUCCGAAUCAAACGAGACAGAGCGAUGGAUUUUAGAGUGUACUCGGUUGUUUAACUCACGAGAAGGUGAAAAAAUAGACGGCUGUUCUUGUUCUACAGAUUGUCUUGAUUGUGUUACGGUAAGUGAAGACUUUGUUGGAAAUAUGGAUCGGUUUGUUGAUACAAUGGAUAAAGUAUCCAAGGGGGAGUUUCUGAGAGGCGAAGAGACUGAAUUGGGAGCGGAUUGGGUGGAAUUUGACUGGUUAAAAGCGCAGGGUUAUUAUAGCAUUGAAGCUUUUGUGGCAAAUAGGGUAGAGGUGGCACUGAGACUGGCAUGGCUGAAUAGUAACAAUGGGAAGAAAAGGGGGGUGAAGUUGAAAGAGAAAGUAAAUGCUGCAGGUGUGGCGGCAAAUGUUUAUUGGAGGAAGAAAGGGUGUGUGGACUGGUGGAGGAAUUUGGAUACUGCGAUGAGAAGGAAGGUCUUGACCACAAUUUUUGGAAAAGCAGCAAAAUCCCUGGUGCUUACUACGAUAUCGUUUUGUCGGCAUAAUGAAUAUGAUAUAGACACUAUGUUUUUUAGCAAUCUUGUUUCUCUCAGUACUAUGACUGAUUGUUUUCUAAGAAAACUGAGAGGUUUACUUAUGGUUGUUUCACUUGAUUGCACGAAGUUUGAGCUUUUUGGAGAAGGGAAUUUCAAGUCCUCACCUGAUAAAUCUAAGGAUAAACCCAGUGCUUGUGGCCGUAGAAAGAAGGGGAGGACCCGUAGUAUGAAAAGGCAGAACCCUUUGCCAAAGUCACCUGUGGAUGAGCAGUCAUUUGAUAAACGGUCUAAGGAAUAUGGCCAAGGAGUGAUUACUGGUACAGGACGAACUACUACAAGGAAGAGUAGGAAAGAGAAAAGUAAAAACAAAAAUGCUAGUUCUAACAAUCUAGUUGCAGUGAAAGAUUCUAAAAUGUUAGUCACAGAAACUUCCUCCUCUAUUACUUCACAAGAUGAGGCAGCAAAGUAUGUGGCAUGUGAUAAUUCAUCCAUCCAAAAUGUUUCCAAGGGUAAUGUAAAUUGUGGUGGCAUCCUGACCUUAAAUACAAGUUCUUGCAGUUCUGCUAAUGAGCCUGCUACUGAAAUUAUUGCUGCUCAAAGCAUACAAGAAGAUCAUGGGGUUGUUUCUAAGGAUCCAGGAUGUCACAAGUUAUCAAAUGGUUGGAUAGAAAAUCAAACUAAACCUUCUGUCGAAGAAGCUAUAAACUGUAAGGUAGAAUGUAAUAUAAUGCCUCAUGUUAAGCCUGAUAAGGAGCUUGAUAGUGUUCUAGGCAAUGGAGGCAUCACAUUUCAGAAUUCCUUUCAUACAAGUAAAAAUGAGGUAAAAUCAACUUCUCCUGAAGUCGGUACUCUUGAUGUGGAGAAGGAAUGUGUCUUGAAUCAGGAUCAGGAAAACGAAAACUUAUAUGACACUGCUCCAAAAAGCUCUUUAGAAUGUCUUUCUUAUGAGUGGCCUAGUGUAGCACCUGUUUAUUUUCCUCCUAUUAGUUCACAUCUCCCACCUGCCACUGAUAGAUUGCAUCUAGAAGUUGGUCACAAUUGGCAUAACCAUGUCCGUCAACCUUUUGUUCCCACAGUGCAUCAGGCUAGAAAUUCCACCAUUGAAGGUGGAUGCAACCAAAUUUUGUCGCAGCCUUUGACAAUGAGUUUAGAUUGGCCUCCAAUGGUAAGAAAUGUUUGUGGAAUUGCACCUUCAGUGACUUGUAAUUAUGAUUCCGGAUUUGUCUCUGCACGGCAGUCUGGCUUUCACACCCAGGAAUCAGCAGAUGAUUGUGACAGUCACUGGAUAUCUGAGGAAGAACUUGAGUUGCAUGCAGUUUCUGGGUUAGAUUAUAAUCAGUACUUUGGUGGUGGUGUCAUGUAUUGGAAUACUUCUGAUUUUCCAGGGACAGGUUUCUCUCGGCCUCCAUCAUUAAGUUCUGAUGAUAGCUCGUGGGCUUGGCAUGAAGCAGACAUUAAAAGGGCUGUUGAUGACGUGGUUGCCUUCUCUUCUUCAUAUAGUACAAAUGGUUUGACUUCACCAACUGCUGCUUCAUUUUGCUCUCCUUUUGAUCCUCUGGGCCCUGGACACCAGGCAUUUGGUUAUGUUGUCCCAGGAAAUGAAGUACCUGGCAAGGUGCUUCAUCCAUCACCAACAACUACAGAUGCAGCAACUGAGGAGGAAGUCUCUGGGUCUUUGGCCAGUUUAUCUGGUGAUGUUGAUAUGAAGACUGGAGAUUCACUUUCUUGCUCCAUGUUGCGACCUAUUAUUAUUCCAAAUAUGUCAAGGGAAAGAUCAAGAUCUGAUUUUAGACGUAGUCAUGACCAUAAAAGCCCUUGUGUUCCUCCCACUAGGCGGGAGCAACCUCGGAUAAAGCGACCACCAUCACCUGUAGUGCUUUGUGUCCCUCGGGCUCCACGCCCACCUCCACCAUCCCCUGUGAGUGACUCCAGGAAAAACAGGGGCUUUCCAACUGUUAGAUCUGGUAGCUCUAGCCCAAGACAUUGGGGUGUGAGAGGUUGGUAUCACGACGGAGCUAUGCCGGAGGAAGCUUGUGUACGUAUGGAUGGUUCUGAAGUUGUUUGGCCUUCAUGGAGAAAUAAAAAUCUUUCAGCCCACCCAAUGAUUCAGCCUCUCCCUGGCACAUUGUUGCAAGAUCAUUUGAUUGCAAUUUCCCAGCUUACUCGGGAUCAAGAACAUCCGGAUGUAGCAUUUCCUUUGCUGCCACUGGAGUUACAGAACUGCCCUACUAGAAAGGCAUCACUCUCUUUGAUGCACAGCCUUCUUCACGAUGAGAUUGAUUCCUUCUGCAAGCAGGUUGCCGCUGAGAAUACAACUCGUAAGCCUUUCAUUAAUUGGGCUGUCAAGCGGGUUACUCGGUCUCUCCAAGUCCUGUGGCCAAGGUCAAGGACAAAUAUUUUUGGUUCAAACGCAACUGGUUUGUCCCUUCCCACUAGUGAUGUGGACCUUGUGGUUUGUCUCCCUCCAGUGAGGAACUUGGAACCUAUCAAAGAAGCUGGGAUUUUGGAAGGUCGUAAUGGUAUUAAAGAAACUUGCCUUCAGGUAGUUUCAAUUUUGCAGCUUAAAAUAGUAGCAUUCUUAUCAUAA